AUGCGUCUACGUCUAUGCUCCGCCGCUCUCUUCGCCUUGUUGGCUCAACAUACAUUGGCAUGCGCAGGCCUCGGAAAGGAUCAUGAGUCCGACAUCGCCUCGGUCUUGAACUACGUGUCCCGACGAAGCACCUCGACUCCAGAUUCCACGCUCAUCGAGAAUGUGCGAAUCUUCGAUGGCCAGGUCAUGAAGACGCCGAGCACAGUAUUGAUUCGCGAUGGAAGGAUUGCUGACAUCGAUGCCGGACACGGGGCCACUGCCUCGAUUGUGGUGAAUGGCACAGGCAAGUUUUUAAUCCCCGGCCUCAUUGACAGCCACGUCCAUGUGGAUAUUCCUCAAGCACUGGAUGCUAUGGCAUCCUACGGCGUGACCACUUGUGUCAACCUGGCGUGCUACGACUACGAGCUCUGCGAAAGCCUUAAAGAUAUCCCUGGCACGACUUCCAUGUUCACCGCUUCGCUCCCGGCCGUGGGAAAUGGUAGCUUCCAUGCCAGAUUAAGAGGUUCCUCGGCCGACCUGACCGUGUCGGCGAGCACCAAUGCAACGGCCUGGGUAGCAGAAAACGCGUUCCCUCCUGGUAGCCCUGCUUCGUUUCUUAAAGUGACCGCCGAGCCGGAUGGCCCGAAACAAGAGCUGCUCAACGACUUGGUCGCCGCAGCACAUACGCUCGGCCGCUACGCUACGAUGCACGCCUCAUACGUGUCGGCGUAUGAGCAGGCCGCUAUUGCCAGGCCAGAAAUCAUCCAGCACCUGCCCGCUGAUGCGGUCAUGGACCGUAGCUUGGCUCGAAGGCUUCUCCAACAAAAGCAGCACGUCACCGCGACUAUGGCCAUCUUCCGCAUCGGCGCGAACUCAGCCUGGUUGAAGACUAUGCUGAGACAAAACUUUCAGUGGAACGUUACCAUGGGUAACGCUCGUAUCCUUGUCGAGACAGGAGUACCUAUAUUGGCCGGAACGGACUCUACCAACGUGGGCCCUCUGAACGUCACGUUCCCGUACGGCCUUACUCUCCAAUGUGAGCUGGAAUAUCUCGUUGAAGCAGGAAUGUCCCCGGCACAGGCGCUGCGAGCCGCAACAGAGGAUCCGUCCAGGGUGCAAAACAUGUAUGACCGUGGAGUCAUCUACGCCGGGAAACGCGCGGACCUAGUCCUUCUCAACUCCAAUCCAUUGCUCCAUAUCGCCAACACAAGGGAUAUUUCCCAGGUUUGGGUGGGGGGCAUUCCGGUCCAGAACGUGACUCGAGACCUUACCUCAGACUGCGCCGCAUUAAACAUGGUUUCUAACGCCUACCUGGCCUAG